CAUGAAUUAUCUCUGGAAAAUAAUUUCUUGCUCCAUAGAGUUGUUUUUUAAAAAUCAUAUACUUUGGGGGUUAGACUCCUGAGGUUUGAGAGCCAAGCCCUCGUUUUGUAACAAUUAUUUGCUGAGUAUCUGCCUUGUCCAGCUGGUAAGUUCUUGUCCUGUACUCGUUCUUGGCCCAUUACUGGAGAGAGAAGGCGAUAUCAGAAAUGCAGAUCUGCAGUUGGCAUCCUGUGACUGGUAUUUCCAAAACACGAGGAUGUGGUAGUUCCUUUUAUUCCCCAUAGCUUUUUUUGUCUGUCUUUUAAAGCAUAAUUCUUAUUGGUAUUGUGUUUGGAUUGCUGAUUGUAAAUACCAAAGCAGAGUCUACCUGAGUGUGCAAAAAUGAGCUGUUUUGAUAGAAACAGUUCUGGGGAAGACAUUCAACAAAGUAGUCUUUCUCAAAGUGGUACAGUGCAAUUUCAGCCUAAACUCUUCCUUUACUAAUUAUAAGGGGGCUUUAUUUGACCAAGAGAAAACUCCAAAGCCUCAAGCUGAGUAAAGUCCUGAGGGAGGAGGUGUAGGGGAUAAUUGCAUUCUUAAAAUCUGACACACUGGGGUUUAGUCACCUUUCAUUUUCUCUGUUUUUGGAAGAGAAUGCAACUAAAUGUCCUUUUCUUCAGUAUUACUGGUGCUUUUCAAUAUCACAUUGAAUAAAGAGAAUUGCCUAAUGAGGUUCAGCUACAGAACUGAUCUCUGGGUGGAAGCCAAAAUGUUUAUUAAUAAAGCUGGACUAUCAAAUACUGGCUGUUUAUUAGUUACUGAUUAGCAGAAGGAGCUGUGAUAGCUUCAAGUUAAGCCACAAGGCACUGAUCAAAUGCAAACACUGUAAGUAAAAGCAGGAAGCAUGGAGAGUGGUUUUUACUUCUUGACUCUUAAAGAAUGGUUUGCAUUGUUAACACUGGAUGAGAGAGAUGGUGUGGAACUGUGCUUAAGCCACUAAAACACAUUUGUCUUUAUUCCAGUAAAUGAGAAAUUGCAAAUACAAGACUGACUUCUCUGCAUCAUUAAAUCUGUGCUUCCCAGAGCUGUAGCCAGUCACAGAUACCAGAAGUAAGGACAGAUGAGUCAAGGAUAGAGAAUAUGUUUGCAUGGUAAGUUGUUGAGUUGUUCAAGUCCCAGUGACAAAAGGGAAGUUCUGGCUUAGGGAUAGGAUCAGGCUGGUGUUGCUUCUGUUGCUGGAAUGAGAUGUGCUGUGUUGGAGGGGACAGAGGAGCUGCCAGGGCAAUCUUUGGUGCUCUGACCUGCUUUUCUACAGGUUUCUCUCUCUUCCUGCUCCUGCACAUGGAAUUGGUUACCACCACAGGACCAAAGUUAAUGUUGUUGGAUGUGACAGAACUGUAAGUUAAUUUCUGCGUUUAGAUUGGUGCCUUUUCUAAUCAGUACUUUUGAAAAACACGUUGGUACCUCUCAAAUGUGCAAGGCCAUUUUUUCUCCUUCACUGGAGGAGGCUCUCCUGAAACAGAGGUUGAGUUCUAUUUCUGUAUUUUUUCUCUUGGUGUUCCCCAGGUCUCUUCUAUCAUCUCCUUCCCACAUAUCCUCAUGCUGCUUUUCUUCCUGUGGUGGGUUCCAGUUAUUUGAGAAAGCUGUGGUGGAAGCGGGUGACCUGGACCACUCAAGAGGGAGUGGGUCUUUGCCAGGGGGUCUGGCAAAGCAAGAAACCUGACUUUCUCUUCCCACUAACCAGAAAGAAGCCAUUCUUUCCUAUAUAGACAGGACAUUUCAGCCUCUUCCUAAAUCCCUGGUAGCUGUGGUGUGCCAAGACAGAUUUCUUGGAAUAUAUUCAGUAACUGCACUGCAAAGUGUCUGCUUUGUACAAAAUAGGCACCAACAUGAUGGAUCUCAAGAGCUCUUUCUUUUGUGUGUUAGAGAUGAUCCAUGGGUGGAACACUGGCAAAUCACUGUAGAUUAUAAUUGUAAAUUGUAUUUGUUCUUGGUCUAUGAAACUAGAAUAAAGCCAUUGACAGCUGAAUGAUAAAAGAGUAAAAUUCUAUGUACUGCAGCUCUGACUUGCUUGGAAACUGAAUGGUUUCUGAGAAGCAAGAAUAAAUAUGGUAAGGCUUCAGGAAGUUGCUUAUGUGAAGGUUUUUUGUGCCUCUAGUUUCAGUGUAAGAUUUUAGGCUCUGCCUUUGACUGUCAUUGUGGUUCAUUUGUUUCACUGCAUUUUUUGUAGCCUGCAAUCUCACACAGAAAAAUAGUCUUUCAGAAAAAGUGAAUUAGGCUGCAGGUUUUAAUGAACAAAAGAAGAUAAAGUGAAAUAGCACUGCACCUCUGUACAUGUUGACUCACCUGACUGGAUAAACUGUUGUAAACCGAAGAGUCCAGGAUUGUAUUGGGAACUCUCUGUUUGUAAGCCACCUUUUAACAAGUCCUGCUUUCUUCCACCUCUUUUCCUUUUUUCCCCCCCUAAGAUCUGUGCUUCCAGUGUUUACAGCUUUGUGCAAUAGCAUGUCUGACCAUCGAGUGGGCUCACAGUUCAAAUUUUGAGCUGAGCUUUCUCUGCAUUUCCUCUGCUCUGCUCCUAGAUGGCAGCCGUAUUCCAAAGAGCUCACUGGUGUUCAGGCGUUCUCACCAUGGAGACCGGGCAGAGGGAAGUGUUUAGUUUUCAGUGAAAGCAGCCUGAAAGAUGAUUUUUCUUCAGAACAUCACUCCCACCUAACAUGGGAAAUUGAGAUCCUGCUAAUGGGUGUUACUGGCUGUCUGCACUGAAGCGUUUCUUCAUCAGUUGUGUGAGACAUCAGUUCUUGAGAAGAAAACCUAAACCUGCUUUCACCAAAGUUGUUUAAAAUUUCAAGGCCAGAACAUGGUUCACAUGAAUUAUUUGGUGUCAUCAUGCAGCAUUUCCCCAGGAAAAGCAUAUUUGUUAUUUGGCUGUACAAACCCAGCUGGAAACUCACCACUUGUUUUUGCUGUGAGAGGGGCAGCCAGCUCUGUACCCACACAUCUGGACCUGACGUCUCUUAGAUCAUAAUGCUCAAGGAUUGUGCCAGAAUAAUGUUCACCCUGGUCAUUGUUGCAGGUUUGCUUAGAGCUGUAAUAAAAAGGGCCAAAGAUAAGUCUGAGGAGAGUGGUGCAAAACCUAAGCAUGUGCUUAGUAACAGAGGAACCCAGACUGAAAGCAAGAAGCCUCUGGAAGAGACAAAAGGCAUGAAAAAGCUGGAUGAAAGCAAGGGAGCAUGUGAGAAGGUGAACACUUCCAGUGCUGCAGCCCACAAAUCUGACUCCAAAGCCCAGCUUAAAGACAGGACAGCACAGCAGCAAGGGGUGGAAGGUGCUGGCAAAACACAGAGCUCCAAGAGCUGUCCACAGCAAAAGAAUGUCGAUGUCAAAGCUUCGAAUCAACACAAUGGGCUUCCCUUCAUACAUCCAGAUCGUGCAGACAACCAGAAUGCUCCUGCUGAAGCACAGAGCGUGGACAGAGCCCCGGGCCUUGAUGAGUGCCACAGGCAGCUCGUUCCUCAGAAGGCUGGGAAGAAUGAAAACAACCCCCCAGCAGCUGCGCCCACCACGUCCCGGGCCAAGUCUGACACGGGCUGUGAGGUGACACACACCAGGAUUUCCAUCAGUGUACAUAUGACUGACAUGAAAGAAAAGAUUGAGAUGGCCAAGGAGGGAAACCUAAGUGACAGCAGAGGUAAAAGUCCCAAAGUGAAAUCCACACCAGCAGACUUAAAAGGAGUCAAACAGCUGCCUGACAAAUUAAAACUUCAACAGAGCCCUAAAAACAUCAGCUCCAAGCCAAAUUCAGAAGCUAAAGGGGACAAUAAGCAAAAUGAACUUGCACCUCAAACAGGGAAGCAGCAGCUGCUCCUGAGCAAGCCCAAGCCAGGUGAAAAAGCUGAAGAGAAAUCAGAAUUAAAAUGUAAGCCCAUAACCUCACAGAAGACCUCUGCCAAGGAGCCUGUGAAAGAUGCAGGGGUAGAAAUGAAAACCCAGCAAGAACCAGCAAAAGCAGAAAAAUCCCCAAGAGAUACCAAGGCUGAGAGGAGAGGAUCUGAGACUGCAGGGGGAAGCAGACACGAUGCAGGAGGGGCACCAGAGAAGACCAAGUCUCUGGAAGCUGGCAGAGCUCUUCCCACUCAAGGAGAAAUCAUUGAUGACAGCCCCUCUCCCCCAGCUCCCUUCGAGCACCGCAUCGUCAGCGUCAAGCAGGCGGAGGUGACCGCGAGCUACUCCGUGUGUCGGCACGAGGUGCUGGGGGGGGGGCGUUUUGGGCAAGUCCACAAAUGCACGGAAAUAUCGACGGGGCUCAACCUGGCAGCCAAAAUCAUAAAAGUGAAAGGAGCCAAAGAGAAGGAGGAAGUAAAAAAUGAAAUUAACAUCAUGAACCAGUUAAAUCACGUGAACCUGAUCCAGCUUUAUGAUGCUUUUGAAGCCAAAAAUAAUAUCACUUUGAUCAUGGAAUACCUUGAUGGUGGGGAGUUGUUUGACCGGAUCACAGAUGAAAGUUACCACCUGACAGAGCUGGAUGCCAUCCUGUUCACCAGGCAGAUUUGUGAAGGAGUGCACUACCUGCACCAGCAUUACAUUCUCCACUUAGAUCUGAAGCCUGAAAACAUCCUAUGUGUAAAUCACACAGGAAACCAGAUUAAAAUUAUUGACUUCGGAUUAGCAAGGAGGUACAAACCCUGUGAGAAGCUGAAGGUGAAUUUUGGGACUCCGGAGUUCCUGGCUCCCGAGGUGGUGAACUACGACUUUGUGUCCUUCCCCACGGACAUGUGGAGCGUGGGGGUCAUCACCUACAUGCUGCUGAGUGGCCUGUCCCCAUUCCUGGGAGAGACUGAUGCAGAGACAAUGAAUUAUGUAGUCAAUUGCAGCUGGGAUUUUGAUGCAGAAGCCUUUGAACAGCUCUCAGAGGAUGCCAAAGACUUCAUUUCCAGACUGCUUGUGAAGGAGAAAAGCUGCCGGAUGAGCGCCGCGCAGUGCCUGAAGCACGAGUGGCUCACCAACCUCCCUGCCAAGGCCCAGAAGUCCAAGCUCCGCCUGAAGUCCCAGCUGCUGCUGCAGAGUUACAUGGCCCACAGGAAAUGGAAGAAACACUUUUAUGUGGUGGCUGCUGCUAACAGGCUGAAGAGAUUUCAGAGUAUGUCUGUCAAGCUUGCAUGAGCUUGUGUGAAACCUUCACCACUCCUGGAGAUGGACAUGAAGCCGUGGAAGGAGGACUCAGUGUCUCCAAACGUUUCUAUCCCUGUUUUAUAACAUAAGGUUUUGGGACUGUCUCCCUUAAUUAUUUUGUGUGUUAGUGCUGCAGUUCCAGAAGUGCCUUAAGGAAGAGGCAUAAGAUUUCUAAAAGCUGAAGCUACCUUGUUUGUUUUAACAAGUUUUUAGUUGUUCUAUACAGUGGUGGAAAAACAUGGCUGUUACUGGGGCUGACUUCUUGCUGAAGGCUUUGAUUCUGCAGAGUACUGUUGGUGUGUUUACAGCAGUUUGCUAUAAACCCCUGGCAGAUUUCUGGUCUCACACCAAGCAUGGGAUCUCUAAAGACUUUUCCUGACUGGUGUCUGUGUGUUACCAGCUUUAGAGAACUGCUACACAGUGGCACAACUUGUCCCUCAGGUGUUUGUUACUUAAAAGAUACAGACAGCAUUUUCUUCUGUACUUCUUUCCAAAAGGUAAUUUCCCCACAACAUGAAGCUGCUUUAGUGCAACUCCAGCUUGGAUGGUUUUGGUUUGUUGUUUUGGUUUUUUAUUAUUCUACUCUCUCCUUUAAAUAGUCACUGCAUAGUUAGGAACUAUGAGGAACCCUGGUUUGAAGUAACUUAAGUCACUCCAUUGCUGCUGUUUCUUAGGGCAAGUUGAAUUGAGCUGAACUGAUUGAACUUCUGGACAGAGAUGUGUGAAACUGCCACAAAUACAAACCACCUAAUGACUGUUGGGUCUAUGCAGAAAGAUUUCAUGUUGUAGAGAAAAGAGGAGAGUUCCAGAGAUUUUAUGUUUUUAAAAUUUAUAAGUGCUUUUCAUUAUCCAUGCCUGCAGCCCUUAAGUUGCUAAGUUUUAGUUUGAGGAUUUGUUUCUCAUCUCUGGAAAUUUUAAUGCAGUCUGAGGAGCUGGUAUGGUGUGACAUGCAAAACAGGUUUCAUUUCUAAUAGGUCCAGUGACAGGAAACAAGAGUGUUGCCAGACUCUGCCUUUAGUCCAGUUAGGAGGUUGAAGCCCUUUUUUUUCCCCCUCACUUUACUCUUGAACAUUAAACCUUUUCUUCACAAUAUUAACUUAUUUUGGAUCUUUUCUUAUGCAUAGAGUGGGAGCCACUUACAAUCUCUCAGACAAAAGUUCAACACUUUAUUAAACCUGUGGUUUCCUGUUCUGGAUUCUGCAAAACUCAGUGUGAACUGGAUGGGCUCUUAGGAAAAAUAGAAACUAGUAUUAUUAGAAGUAGCUUUCCAGCAAAGGCACCUGUAAAGCUCCUUUGAACUUCAUGGACUUUCACAUCCCUUGAAUUUGCAGAAGUGUUUGUUGCUCAUGAUGAGGUUUGUAAGACUGGCUUACUCAAGCCAUCUUCUCCACUCAAGUGCUUCUCACUUUGCAUAGUCCUGACUUCUGCAUCGUUUCCAGGAUUGGGACAGAGAAGAAUCUUGGUAAUUUAUCACCUUCUGUGAAGGCCCACUUUUGUUCAUGUUUUCCUUCCACAGUGUUUCUGCAUGCUGAAUGUCAUUGUAUUCAUUGGUCUGUAUAUUUCUGAAUUAAUACUAAUAAAUUUCAUGAAAGUGCAACAAGACUAUUCAUCAACUUUGGUUUAAGCCCCCCUGCCAAACAAACCUGGAAUUAUUUCUGGAUAGGUCCAGAGAUACAGGCCAGGCAGAAACCAUGCAAGAGAAAUGGAACAAGGACCUCUUCUCUAAGCUUAUGACUGCGAGACACAAAAAACCUGUCACCCAGUCAAUA